GCUGCCAUGUGAUCUCUAACGACAAAACUGAGCGACCGACUCUCUGUCUAACUUUCUUUCUCUGAAGGUGGAUCCGUUUCUCGAUGAUGAUUUGUCAGACACCAGGACCUCGGAGACGAUUUUAGUAGUCUACUAUAUUACAUAGACCCUAGUCUAUUUUAAUCGGCGAUUUAAGAAAAAACAAGCAUAGUGGCUCAGGCUUUGACAGAUUAUUCAAGACUAGUUUCACAUAUUGCGCGCGUAAAGGCUACUCCGGACUUCUUUUUCAUGCUUAUUAACAUAAUGUAGGUUAUUCUGUUGGCGAUGUCAGCAUAUGUAACCCGUUGCUCUAACGUUUCCCAGUGGUUAUUUUUGGGAAAGCAUUUCUGAGAGUGCUCUUCUUAAGCCAACAAAGCACUGCUCCGGUGGGAACAUGACUAACGUUCUCUAAUGAAUCCUUUUUUUCUGUGUUUUGCAGAUUUAUUAAGAUUGUUUCAACAAAUUAACCCUCCCAGUUUGAUCUAGUAAGCUUUAAGAAGGAUUGGAGUAGUCACCUGUAUCUAGGACUAGACACCUGCAACAUUGUUUGGCACAGGAUCUUAUUUACGGCACAGGAUCUUUUUGCGCUUAAACAGGUGGGAUUAUGGAAUCUGUUCAUUUUUUGGAGCAGAAUAACUUUACUUCGAGCGAGGUGUCACUGGUACAUCCGUUGUGCACAGAAUGGAAAAGAGACCCAGAAGGAUCCGUUUUUCAUCUCGCUAAUAUCCUCCUGGUACUAGGCUUCAUGGGAGGUAGUGGAUUUUACGGCUUGAUCUAUAUGUUCAGCUUUAUGUCCCUCGGUUUUUUGUGCUACUCCAUUUGGGCAUGGUCCAAUCCGUGCACCACGGACUCGUUUUCGUGGGCUUUUGUCCUGUUUGUUAUUUCUGUUGCUCAAGUCGUCCAUGUCGCAUACCGCCUGCGGAGUGUGACUUUUGAUAAGGACUUCCAGGAUCUCUAUGGAUGCAUGUUCAAAAAGUUGGGCGUGUCUCUCAGUCACUUCGGCAAGAUCGUCUCUUGUUGCGAGCAGGAAAUCCAUACGAUCGAAAAAGAACACUACUUUGCAGUGGAGGGCAAAACCCCUAUAGAUAAACUGUCUGUUCUACUCUCUGGGAGAAUCCGUGUUACAGUGAAUGGAGAAUUUCUACACUAUAUCUACCCUUUCCAGUUCUUGGAUUCACCUGAAUGGGAUUCACUCAGACCGUCGGAGGAGGGAGUUUUCCAGGUAACACUAAGAGCAGACGAUCGCUGCACAUAUGUCGCUUGGAGACGCAAGAAGUUAUAUCUGCUCUUUGCCAAACACCGCUAUAUCGCAAAGAUAUUUGCGCUAGUGGUGCGCAAUGACAUCGCCGAUAAGCUAUACUCUCUGAACGACAGAGCGCUGGACGCACACGGCUUCCGCUAUGAUCUACGUUUACCCAGCUUCUGUCACACGCCGCAGACACCGUUAGAAAAACCACACAACAGUUAAAAAACUCGCCUUGACACUAGAAUGGCCUAGAAUGUCCUCCCAAUUAUUCAGGAGAAAGUAAGUCUUAAGGAAAUAAGAAGGAAGUCUACGAGGGAGGUGUAUAUCCCAGAGACUCCCCCUUUUCACCUUUGUACAAAAGUCCUCAUGUCGCAUGUUCAAUACACUAUCCAUGCCUAAAAUUCAAGCUUAAUUUUCAUGCAUUCUCUCUCUGUUAUUUGCAUAAUAGUAAAAAAUUGCCUACACUUGCUAUUAUUAGCUAUAUAUGUGUGUCUUAUUAAAUCACUGACCUAUGUUUGAAUAGCUCUUCUCAGCUGAUUGUCUAAACGGCAUUUAGCUAAUGCUUUUGCACAUCUGAAUUCCAGAA